AAAAAGGCGGGCUUGUCUUUCAAUUUCAGCAAAUAGAAAGAAAAAGAAAAAAACUGAGCUCGCUAGGUUUUCCAAGUCUCUUCGACUAGAACCUCUGUCUGUGACGCGAAACCCGUUGAAUUUCGCAGCCAUGGCGAGCACCAAAGUUCAGAGGAUUAUGACCCAACCCAUUAACUUGAUUUUCAGGUUCCUUCAAAGUAAAGCCCGCAUUCAGAUUUGGCUCUUUGAGCAAAAGGACCUGAGGAUUGAAGGCCGAAUCAUUGUAAGUUUGUUUUCUCUUUUUUUCCAAACCAAUUUUUAUUAGGCCACUAGGGUUUUAGAGUUAUUUUUGUACA